AUUUAGGUAGUUAUAUCUAGCUACGAAUCUUUAAGAUAGAUUUUCAUAUAAAUACACAGUUCUUUCCUCCAAAUAUCUUACUUGAAUCAAUCAUCGCUCUAACCAGAAUACAGUAUUUGCAACAUAUAAUAGCUUAUGAAAAAGACUCCCUGGCGAAGGUACCUAAGUUAUUCGUAAAUACUAAACCUCAUGGCUGGACACAGAAAUACUACAAUUUGUAAAGGGAAAUUUCCCGGCCACAUAGGGGCCAACAGCGAGGGUGUGAAUAAAGAGAAAAUAAAUGAGAGUCAUGUCACGAGGUGGAACGAAACAAUGUCUCAUCUAGAAUCCUGACAAGUCAUAUGAACCUGCUCAUGCCGACCUUUGAGCCCGUCAAAUACGCGACUCUUCCUCAAGAGUCUACCGAAGCUAAUGGAUCAUCCACCCUUAGUUAUAACUGUGAAUCCUCCUUCAAUCUAGACUGCCGAUCGACGCCGCGGACCCCAAUCAGUGACAUUCUCAUCCAUCCUGACAGCGAGGAUGUUAGUCCCGAGAAGCAUGACACAGAGAGCAAGCAAAUCCAGAAUAGUUUGUUGUUUGAUCUCAGUAUAUGCAAUGAGAUUUUGCUUGAACGGGAUGCUCUCACUGAACACAGCGCUGUUAUAGAGAUUGAAAACAAUGUGAUCGACCUCGACAAGAUUAACGCCGAGCCUAGCCCCCGAAUCAAUCACUCUUUGAAGCAAGUUGAUGCUAUUUUUGAGAACGUCCCGAGUCCAAAUAGAGAGGUAGAUUCAUCCUCGUAUCCUUGUAUGACCGAGGCAACGCCCAUCAGCAGUAUCCGUCUCCAUCAAGUGUGCGGCAAGAGAUGCCACAACACUAUUUACCGAUGGAAGCGAGGAUCUGAAAUCACAUUCAACGUGGAUUGUCAUAGUUUUAGAUCCAACAUUGAGUACGCAAGAAUGGCCAACGAGACUCUGGAUGCUGCGGUCGAAAAAUGGAAUAAGGGACGGUUCGGUGUACGGUUCAAGAGAGUUCAGGAUCACGAAGAAGCUGUCUUCCAACUCAUUUACUCAGCGGGUGGUGGAGAUGCCCUAGCAACCGCCUUCCUCCCCAACACGGCGCCGAUUGGGCGGCGGUUGGUGAUAUAUGAACAGGCUUUCAUAGAGGUGAAUGGCCGGUAUGAUCUGAUGACCAACCUUUUCUGCCACGAACUGGGACACAUCCUAGGUUUGCGACAUGAGCACGCUCAAGAAAAGGAGGCCCGCUAUCCGUCCGUACAGUGGGGCGACUCUAACCCCUUUUCUAUCAUGAACGACGACUUGACACUAGACGAAUUUUGCAUUCACGAGAACGACUAUACCGAAGUGAAGCAGUUUUACAAAGCUUGCGCCACUUACAACAAAUAUACUAUCGUGGAUGUGGAUGCGAAGCCCUAUGCCCUUUACUGCUGUCGCUGCCUCCACUGCCGCAGUGUUUAACCAGCUUCCUAUAGCAAGUCUAUAUUGUCACGAGGUGGAACGAAACAGUAUGGAAACAACUUCGUUGUUCCGCAAGGAACUCUAGACUAUCUAUGAAGAUCUUUCGUCUAUACAUACUGAACAGUUCCUUUGUUCUAGAUGUCUCAUCUAGAACCCUGACAUAUAUCGCAUCUUACCCUAACUUGGAGCGCUUGACUUAGCGACUUGCAGGUAGCUCUUGGGAAGACUUCCAAUGAAAGUUACGCACGAGAAUUGCCGUGACUAUCGUUUAGCGGCUGGUGGUAAGAGCUAUGGCUCUCAUCUAAUAGAAGCCUCUGUAUUUCUCUGCUUCUAGGAAGUACUUUUAGGCUAAUACGUCGAGGGAUAGAUGAUACUAUCUCAAGUACUCACUUAUAUAUCUAUAUACCAUCGCUAGCGCUUCAAGCGGGGUUAUGGGCUGAAAUUUGAGCUCUCCUGGUUACGAUAGAUAAUCUCUAGGGUUAUUUUAUACUAGAAACAAUGAAGUGGUCGUAUCUAGGGACCAUCCAGACGGAGUAGUAUUGAUAUAUUUGGCUUUAAAAGUAGAUUCUGUCAAUGUCUGGGGAUAUUUACUGGGUACAUGGAUGUCAUUUUUGCAUGAUUAUGUAUUUUCAAUGAAGA